GUGAUGAAAUGGUGAAUAAAAGAGUAAAUAAAUGGGUAGAUGAAAUGGUGAAUGAAAGUAUGGAUAUUUAUGAAAGUACAAAUAAAAGGAUAAAUGAAAGUGCAAAUAAAAGGGCAUAUAAAAAUGCAAAUAGAAGGACAAAUGAAAGGGCAAAUAAAAGACAAAUAAAAAAGCAAAUGAAAGGGCAAACGAAAGGGCAAAUGAAAGGACAACAAAAGGACAAACAAAAGGCAAAUAAAAGAGCCAAAUAA